UGCCGCACUCCCGCCGCCGCCGCCUCUUUCUAAGGAGACCCGGAUGCGGAAAGGGCUCCCGUCAGCGAGGGGCGGGGUGCCUGUGCCGCUCAUCAUGGCGGUCCCGAUGGAGACCCAGCUGCAGAGCAUCUUCGAGGAAGUCGUGAAAACAGAGGUAAUAGAAGAGGCUUUUCCUGGCAUGUUUAUGGACACACCUGAAGAUGAGAGAACCAAAUUAAUCAGUUGUUUGGGAGCCUUUCGACAGUUCUGGAGCAAUCUUUCCCAAGAAUCUCAUGAACAGUGCAUCCAGUGGAUUGUAAGGUUCAUACAUAGCCAGCAUAGCCCUAAAAGAAUUUCUUUUCUGUAUGACUGUCUAGCCAUGGCAGUGGAGACUGGGCUUCUGCCACCCAGGAUGGUCUGUGAGUCCCUGCUGAAUUCUGACAACCUUGAAUGGGAAAGAACACAGCUAUGGUCUUUAACAUUUAAACUGGUCCAGAAAAUAAUUGGUGGUGUAGACUACAAGGGUGUGCGAGACCUUUUGAAAGGUAUAUUAGAGAAAAUCCUAACUAUUCCUAACACUGUCAGCUCUGCUGUUGUACAGCAGCUUCUAGCAGCAAGAGAGGUUGUCGCCUAUAUUUUAGAAAGAAAUGCAUGUUUAUUGCCUGCAUAUUUUGCAGUUACAGAGAUACGAAAGUUGUAUCCUGAAGGAAAACUUCCACAUUGGUUGUUGGGCAACCUAGUAUCAGAUUUUGUGGAUUCAUUCAGGCCUACAGCAAGAAUAAAUUCCAUUUGUGGUCGGUGUAGUCUUCUUCCUGUAGUAAAUAACUCUGGUGCUAUUUGCAAUUCAUGGAAGCUGGAUCCCACAACUCUUCGCUUCCCACUGAAAGGCCUUUUGCCAUAUGAUAAGGAUCUGUUUGAGCCCCAGACUGCUUUGUUGCGGUAUGUGCUGGAGCAACCCUAUUCCAGAGAUAUGGUCUGCAAUAUGCUAGGUCUAAACAAGCAGACCUUGAACAUUGCUCAGCAUAAACAGCGGUGCCCAGUGCUUGAGGACCAGUUGGUGGAUCUGGUGGUCUAUGCCAUGGAGCGUUCGGAGACAGAGGAGAAAUUUGAUGAUGGAGGAACCAGCCAGUUGCUGUGGCAGCAUCUUUCGAGUCAGCUUAUCUUCUUUGUACUUUUUCAGUUUGCGAGUUUCCCCCACAUGGUCCUAUCUCUCCAUCAAAAGUUGGCAGGAAGAGGCUUAAUUAAAGGCAGAGACCAUCUAAUGUGGGUGUUACUACAAUUCAUCUCUGGAAGCAUCCAGAAAAAUGCAUUAGCUGAUUUCCUCCCUGUUAUGAAGCUUUUUGAUCUCCUCUACCCUGAGAAAGAAUGUAUUCCUGUGCCAGAUAUCAACAAACCCCAGUCAACCCAUGCAUUUGCAAUGACCUGCAUUUGGAUACAUCUGAACAGGAAGGCUCACAGUGACAAUUCUAAGCUCCAAAUUCCAAUUCCUCAUUCUCUCAAGCUUCACCACGAAUUCCUUCAACAGAGUCUAAGGAACAAAAGUCUUCAGAUGAAUGACUAUAAGAUUGCCCUGUUGUGCAAUGCUUAUUCGACCAAUUCUGAGUGCUUCACUUUACCCAUGGGUGUUCUGGUAGAAACCAUUUAUGGAAAUGGCAACAUGAGGACCCCUCUUCCAGGAACCAAUUGCAUGGCUUCAGGAUCUAUCACGCCAUUGCCAAUGAACCUCUUGGAUUCGCUCACAGUUCAUGCAAAGAUGAGCCUUAUCCACAGUAUCGCUACUAGAGUGAUCAAACUGGCCCAUGCAAAAUCCAGCUUGGCCUUGGCUCCAGCUCUUGUAGAAACAUACAGUCGCUUGCUGGUUUACAUGGAAAUAGAAUCCUUGGGCAUCAAAGGUUUUAUCAGUCAACUGCUGCCCACAGUUUUUAAGUCUCAUGCUUGGGGAAUCUUGCACACUCUGCUAGAAAUGUUCAGCUACCGCAUGCACCACAUCCAGCCUCAUUACAGAGUCCAGUUACUCAGUAAUCUUCAUUCCUUAGCUGCUGUGCCACAGACCAAUCAGAACCAGCUUCAUCUGUGUGUUGAAAGCACAGCUCUUCGAUUAAUUACUGCCUUGGGUAGCUCUGAAGUUCAGCCACAAUUCACGCGCUUCCUUAAUGAGCCCAAAACAGUCCUUUCCGCAGAAUCAGAGGAGCUCAACAGAGCCCUCAUUUUGACACUGGCAAGAGCAACGCAUGUCACAGAUUUUUUUACAGGAUCAGAUUCCAUACAGGGGACUUGGUGCAAGGAUAUACUGCAGACUAUCAUGAACUUUACUCCCCAUAAUUGGGCUUCACACACCUUGAGCUGUUUUCCAGCUCCUCUGCAGGCAUUCUUUAAACAAAAUAAUGUGCCUCAAGAGAGCCGCUUUAAUCUGAAGAAGAAUGUAGAAGAGGAAUACCGAAAGUGGAAAUCAAUGACUAUCGAGAAUGACAUCAUCACCCACUUUUCCAUGCAGGGCUCUCCUCCCCUCUUCCUUUGCCUCCUUUGGAAGAUGCUUCUAGAGACUGAUCACAUUAACCAAAUUGGUUAUAGAGUGCUGGAAAGAAUUGGGGCCAGAGCCCUAGUUGCUCACAUUAGGACAUUUGCAGAUUUCUUGGUCUAUGAAUUUUCUACAUCGGCUGGAGGCCAACAGCUUAACAAAUGUAUUGAGAUUCUCAAUGACAUGGUGUGGAAAUACAACAUAGUCACACUGGAUCGCCUCAUAUUGUGUUUGGCAAUGCGCAGCCAUGAAGGCAAUGAAGCCCAGGUGUGCUACUUCAUAAUCCAGUUGCUUUUACUGAAACCAAACGAUUUCAGAAACAGAGUCAGCGAUUUUGUGAAAGAGAACUCUCCAGAGCAUUGGCUGCAGAAUGACUGGCAUACAAAACACAUGAGCUAUCACAAGAAGUAUCCUGAAAAGCUAUAUUUUGAAGGAUUAGCAGAGCAAGUCAAUCCUCCUGUUCAAACUCAAUCCCAGUAUUUGCCAAUCUACUUUGGGAAUGUGUGCCUCCGUUUCCUGCCAGUGUUCGACAUCGUGAUUCACAGAUUCUUGGAACUUCUUCCAGUGUCCAAAUCACUAGAGACUCUACUGGAUCAUCUAGGCGGUUUAUACAAAUUUCAUGAUCGUCCAGUAACCUAUCUGUACAACACUCUUCAUUACUAUGAGGGUCAUCUCCGGGAACGCCCCAGUCUCAAAAGGAAGCUUGUUCAUUCUAUCAUUGGCUCCCUGAAGGAUAACCGUCCGCAGGGGUGGUGUUUGAGUGAAACAUACCUGAAAUGUGCUAUGAAUGCACGAGAAGACAACCCAUGGAUACCUGAUGACAUUUAUUACUGCAAACUGAUUGCAAGGCUGGUUGAUACGAUGGCUGGGAAAUCACCAAGUCCAUUCCCAAACUGUGACUGGAGAUUCAAUGAAUUUCCUAACCCUGCUGCCCAUGCACUCCAUGUUACCUGUGUUGAGCUCAUGGCCUUGGCUGUUCCAGGAAAGGAAGUUGGUAAUGCCUUGCUGAAUGUCGUGCUGAAGAGUCAGCCUUUAGUGCCCAGGGACAAUAUCACAGCAUGGAUGAAUGCAAUUGGAUUGAUUAUCACUGCCUUGCCUGAACCCUAUUGGAUAGUCCUCCAUGAGCGGAUUGUGAGUGUCAUCAACAGCCCUAGCUUGACUUCUGAGACUGAAUGGGUUGGUUACCCAUUCCAGCUGUUUGACUUCACAGCUUGCCAUCAAUCCUAUUCAGAAAUGUGCUGUAGCUACACAUUGGCGUUGGCUCAUGCUGUCUGGCACCAUUCAAGCAUUGGGCAACUUUCUCUCAUUCCAAAGUUCCUUACUGAGGUUUUGAUCCCAAUCGUGAAAACUGAAUUCCAGCUACUGUAUGUGUAUCACCUUGUUGGUCCGUUCUUACAACGCUUCCAGCAGGAAAGGACAAGGUGCAUGCUUGAGAUUGGAGUAGCAUUUUACGAAAUGCUUUUGGAAGUGGACCAGUGCAAUACACAUCUCAACUACAUGGAUCCUAUAUGCGAUUUUCUGUAUCACGUGAAGUAUAUGUUUACUGGAGACAGUGUGAAAGAUCAAGUUGAGAAAAUUAUCUGCAAUCUGAGGCCUGCUUUGAAGCUUCGCCUGCGUUUCAUACAUAUUAGCAAAAUGGACUCGGCUUCUGUCCCUCAGCAGUCCAUCAGCACCGUGUCUCCUGCUUCUCAACCUCCUCAGGUCCCAGUGAACAUUGCUUUGCCGGUAUCCCAAUAGAACCCUGUAUCCCACCCCUGCCGAGGUCUCCUCCUAUCGGCCAAGAGAACCUACUCGUUCUGAAUUCUUUUGCGAAAAGAAGAGUAUGGGAUCAUUUCUAAUAUUUCUUCAUAAUGCAUCUGAAGAAAAUAUGUGCUGCCCUUUCCAGAUCCAAGGAACUCUAAGAACAUUUUGGAAGUCAGGGAUGUGCACACAACCCAUUGUUUUAAACAACCGCACUGUCAUUGUUGUCCCAUUUUUCUAGCCAAAAGUAACUUGUGUGUGUUUUUAAUAGCACAGAUAUUUUUACACUGGGAAUAUUUAAUUUUUCAAGUUUUUUUCCAACUAAAUGACAACAAUAGAAUGGUGUUAUCCAUUUAUUUAAGAAUAAGUUAAGCCAUUUAAAUUUCAUUAACUUAAAGCCAGGUAGCCUUACUAGUUGGACUUUCUGUGAAAUGGAGUUGAAGUGCAGGUGGAAAAUGAUAAAUGUGACUUUUGAUUCCUUCUUAAUCAUGGAGCCAGAAUUUUGCUGAGCUUUCUGACUUGUACUUUACUUCACCAGCAGUCCUGCUGAAGCCAGAAAAACAAAGUAAUAAAGAUGUUGUCAUCCAAACCAAGGGUGGUAAACAAGCUCUUGUUUCACUCUAUUUCUGAAAUGUAAUUACUUUUAAAAUCUGUAUAUUUAUGUGAGUUUUGAGUUAUUUUUAUUGUCUGCUGGACUUUGAAUGUUUAGAAUAACUCCACUUUACUUUGGAUGUAUAAGAUACUAUUUUUGUUCAAGUUUUAUUUUUCUCUUUUGUUUUUUUGUUUUUUUAUAUAUAUUUUUGAGGUAUGGUUUGGCUGCUAAUAAAAAUCUUAAGAUUUGUAAAAUAUUGCUCAAAUUUGAUAGCAUUUUGAAAGUGAUUAAUAAAAAUAGCUUUUACAACUGUC